GCAACUGAGCGAUGCGCCUCUCGGAGAGCCUGAUUUUACGCCAGAUUUGACAUUUACGCCGCAGAGUAUCCUGCAUUCGUAUAUUUGAGUGACACACAAUUUUUUUAAAAAAAAAAUCCCUAUUCAUUUAAAUUUUUUUUUACAUAAUAGUCAUUUUGAAGAAAAAUAUUCCCAGGACAAGGUUUUCCAAUACAUAUGUGAAAACUGACCACUAGCAAUAGAUAAUUUACCUUCCGAACGAUCCCCCGAGGGGAGGAUUUGCUUUUCAACAACGCAGAUUUCUUUGAUUUUGAGAGCAGCCAUUGAAAACCGAUAACUUUGAUGAAGAUGAUACAGGACACGUCGGACAAACUCGCUUGAUUUUGAUGAAUUUCUGAGCUCACAGUACGACCAUUGAAGAAGCAUCUUCAGGCAAACUACAGGGAGAAGAUCUGCCUCACUAACAGGCUGUUAUAAGGUGGGCAACAAUAAUCGGCGGCCAUGUUGUCUGUGGAUGAGCCACUGGACUUGAAGCUUCCCUCAGGUCGCACAGACGGUCCAGGGAUACUGGGAAAGAGGAGCUGCCCGUCCUCUAUUUGUGCCCACAUCAGCAUCAAACGACUGCGGCUACAGUGCACAACUUUUCCAUCGCCUCCUUCUUCUCCAGAUUCCCUGUCUUCCUCUCAAGAACGACCUGGGUCCUGCUUCACCCCUCCAGCCAUGGACCUCAGCCUGUCCCCCUCCUUGCGCCAUGCCUCUUCUCUCUCCCCAUCCCCUUCCUCGCCAUCCUCCCUCUCUCCAUCCUCUCCCAUGGAGUCCCCUCAGAGCAGCAGCAGCCCUCAGCCACACCUCUUCUCUCGGGAAUCACCUUUUCACCGAGGUGUGGAACCUGGUGCUUCACCACAGGGCUAUCCAUUUUAUGUCCCAGUUAGAAGUCCACCAAGAAGCUACAGCUUUCCCUCUUCCAUGUUCAUCAGUCAGACUAGAGAGAAGCCGGUUUCUCCGGAACCCUCCAUGGAUGCUCAGUUGGCCUGUCGUUGGAUGAAGUGCCACCUGCUGUUCGAUUCACUGCAGGACCUGGUGGAUCACAUCAACGACUUCCAUGUCAAGCCUGAAAAGGAUUCUGGAUACUGCUGCCAAUGGGAAGGCUGUGCUCGAAAUGGGAGGGGCUUCAAUGCAAGGUAUAAAAUGCUGAUUCAUAUCCGCACACACACCAAUGAGAAGCCACACCAUUGUCCCACCUGUAACAAGAGCUUCUCACGUCUGGAGAACCUGAAGAUACACACUCGCUCGCACACAGGGGAAAAGCCUUACAUCUGCCCCUAUGAAGGCUGCAGCAAGCGCUACUCCAACUCUAGUGACCGCUUCAAGCACACUCGCACCCACUAUGUGGACAAGCCUUACUACUGCAAGAUGGCAGGCUGCCUGAAGCGCUACACAGACCCCAGCUCCCUACGCAAGCACAUCAAGGCUCAUGGGCACUUUGUUGCCCAAGAGCCGGGGAGUUCAAGUAGGUCAGGGACAGGGCUGGGCCUUCCUACCCACCAGAGUGCCACUGAACAGCCCUCUGUAGGCGGGACUCCUGUCAUCAUCCCUGGGGCUGCUGCAGCCCUUCUUGGGGGCCUUGGGACAUCCUUGCCACUCUCUGCUUUCUGCCAUGCCAGAGCUCUAGGCCACCACCGGGCACCGCUCUUUUCCAUGGGUGGAGGAGGAAGCAUGGGAUCGCUCAGCCUUUCAGACUCCCCACUGUUGCGCUUUGGACUUUCAGCUGCGUCUAUGUUUGGGUUGGGGGCUUUGGGAGGUCUGGGGCAGGUGGUAAGAAGGGAGCCAGAGGACGGGGAGGAAUCAGAGGAAGGAGAGGACGGGGAAGUGCUGAACCUCUCUGCAGGGGUUGGGGCGAGACAAAGUGACGCUUUGUCUUGGGUGGUGGUUCCAUCAAGGGCGCUACUCCUCAAACCAGCUGUUGUUAGUUAAGAUGAACUGUCAGCAACUCAGAGAACCAGAGAGUUUGACUUUGUGUUUUUCCAGCCUGCCAUCAUCAUUAUCAUACUAACAUUUUAUCAGAAAUCACUGGCAUCUCACAGGGAUACGUGCAAGAUAUUCUUUGGUUUGGGCGUUAAAAUGUAUUAGUGUAAUAGUUUAAAAAAAGUACAUAACAUGUGUGACUCGCUCUGGAUACUUUGGUGCCACAUUAAGAUACACUGAAAUGUCUUUAUGUUGGCAUAUCAUGGAAAAUUCAGAUAAUUCUAUCUACAGUCCCUCAGUGUAUGCCUGCAUCACUUCCUUUUGUUGAUAUAUUGUUGCUCUUUAAAACAGGACCUUUACUUCCUCAUUUAUGUUGUAUUAAGGAGUUAAACCAAAGGUGUAGAUCUCUGUGAAGCUGGUGGCUCCUGACAAAACACUAGUAUUUAAUACCCGGGCAUGAAACCUUAUUGGUUUUACUAACAUAAUGCAGUGCAUAUGACUGUGGAAAGCUUUUGUGGGUGUAUAAGGUUAUAAAAAUCCCUUCCACAGUUAGAGCCAUGCAACAGUUCAGCCAUUCCAACCAAUAAUAACUAAAGACAGACUUGAGUACAGUGUUCUUGUAAUGAGCAAAACUCCAGCAGGGCCUUUUUGUACUGCAUAACAGUUAUUUUUUACACCAUACAUGCAUUUAGCUGUCUUAACUUUGAAAAGGUCAGUUCAUCCAUAUUGCAAAGAAAAGAAAAAAAGCCAGAUCCUUAAUCGUAGCAUGCAGAUCCACUUUAUAUAUUUUUUUCACAUUGACCUGAGAUACCUACUGAGUAUCUCUAUAGCUCUAGUUGUUAUCUGGGUAAUAUUAAAUCAUCAGUGCAAACAGUUUCUCCUGUUGAAAUACUCCUAAGGAUAGCAAUGUUGUUUGGAUAAUUUCCUCAACCACUAUAGCUGUUUGUAGUUAUUAGUAGGCUUGAUAAAAGGUCUCGGGCAUUUAAAAUUUGUUUGCUUUAACUGGUCUCUGGUUUUAAAACCCCAGAUGAUGAGUAAGAGAACCAAAGGUCAAAAAGUAAGUCCAUAUAAUAGUGACUCAUACAGUAAUGACCAGGGAAAACAUUGUGAUUGCCCAGCCAUCACGUAUACCCACCUUCAUAGUCUGUUUUACUCUAAAUGAAACCACAGUUUACCAAGUUAAUAUCAUGGUGAGACUUGAAACUGGGGCCUGAGAUCAUAAACCCACUAGGAAAUGUUUACUCCAAAGAGAAACAAAACCACAUCGCUGCACAGCUAAAUAACAGAAGUUAGGGAAUAUGUGUAAUCUGGGUGAACUGAGCCUUCAUAAACCCAUCUUUUUAAUUUCAUCUACAGCUUGAUUUCCUAAAGGAUUUUUCCACAGGCAAGCUCGUGGAUUAAAUUUACCAAAGCUGCUAAGGAAAAACAGCUGGCACCCCGGCCUUGUGUAGUUUUUAAGCUCGACAACCCCCACAGAGUGCUUCCAUCGACUCAGAUUGUUUCCUCAACAAUAAAGAUGUGAGGAAACAAGGAUGUGGGGAGCAAUAGGAAGUACAGUCCACACACCAAAACACACACAAUUAUGUAAUAUUAAAACAUACAAUACAGAGCUACCCUUGAUACAGUUGAUUUUAUUUGAGCAAAGCUGUUUACACAAUAUUUAUGCAUAUGAAGAGGAAAUUAUGUGUUUAUGGAAAAGAUUUUGCACAGCAGUCUUCUUAUAGAUUGUACUUAAGUCAGUUUGAAAUCAAAAUCUUUGACUCGGUCUGAUCAUGUAAAGGUUUCUAUGGUUUCAGUUUGGUACACCAGUUGCUACGUGCAAUAUGUAGUCCUGGUAUAUCCCCUCACCUGCUUAAUUUCCAAGCCAAAAGCAAACAGAAUAAUUGCCUUGCCUCCAACCCCCAAAAAUAUUGAUUUAAAAAUGCUAAAUCACAAGAGGUCUCACACUACACAGGACAAUGUCAGCAGUUAUCGCACUAAUUUGCACAUAGAAAAGUGCUCAGUGUUGCUCUCAUAUCUCCACUGCUGUUUAUUUUAGCUAACAGUAAAACCUUGACUCAGACUUAGAACACAAUGACGUGUGACAGAUUAUUUUCAACACAAAGCUAUGUUGACCAUGUGAUUUUUCUAAUCGCAAGAAGAACGAACUAAAAAAAAAAAAAACGAAAAACAAACAUAUUGACACAAGUGAAGGUCAGAGCUCCUUCACUCGCAGAUUAUAUUAGUUUAGUGUUUGUUGUACUAAUCGUUUCAAGACAAUGGUCUAAACAGGAUCAGCCCUGCCUGAAGGAAUAAUUCUUGUGGGUAGACAAAGGUGUGUAUAUGGCAAUAAUAAUUACACAUUUGCUUUGAACAAAUGUUGAGACAUGGCAUAAGUAGGAACAGAAAAAAAAGCAGUCUGUCCAGAGGCAGUGAAGGGGAAGCGUUUGACGAUGGCCACACAUGGCCAGUAUCUGUGUUGAUCUUGUAUUCCUGUUUGCACAUCCUGAUCAGUAUUUCAAAGGUGCCCCAGUAAGUGCCUUGUGUUUCAGCUAAAAUAUAUCACUCAGUAUAUGGAACAUAUGUACUCAGCUGUAAAGUGCAUAUAUAUGCUUUUUUUUUUUAAAUUACAUUUUAGGAAACGUUAAACUUUUUAAAGGCUUGACAACAGAUGUGAUUUGUACAUCAGGGCGACUGCAACACCUUUUAAACACUCCACCAAUGUUUAUGACUAUGGCAAUGACUCAGUGUCAAUAAAUGCAUUAAAGGAGAGAGUGUGACACCAUUGUGUAAUUUUUGUGCUGUGAUGUUUUUUGUUUUGUUACUUUACAAGUUGAAAUAGAAGACUACAUGGUAGAAUAAAGAAUUGUAAUAAA